UGCUCACCCUGCAGCGACGGUAAUUGCUUCGCCUCACGCGGUCGUCCGCGUGAACGAGCCACCUCUAGAUCCGACCUAUUUUGGAAGUAAAUCUCACUGUUGCGAAAAGAUUUGGUUGAAGAUUGGUGGGGCGCAAAAGCGAUUGAACCAUGCCCUCUCCCGUGAGGCUGUAUAAAGUAUACGACUGCUCCCUAGCCUUUGGGCAAUUAUCAGCCAAACGGUACCAUUCUCAUCUCCUAUCCUUUCAUUGACUCUUUCAUUCAUAUACACUCGUUUCGUCCAUUGUUUGACCAUAAAAAUGCCUCCUUCUGUCCAGUCGGCCCUCCUUCUCUUCCUCGGCCUCUCACUCGCCGCCCCAUUUACGCCCAAUCCCCUCAUCCCACGGGCUCUAAGCCCCUCAUGUGCUCCAGGUGGUAACUUCGACCUCAGCAAGUUCAACCUACAACUUCCUACUGGUACCCCUGGACACGUCACCCAGAUCUCUUCCUCCAAGUUGAAAGGCUGCGAAGGAUGGCAGGACUCCAAGCACUUCCACACCUCCAAAACUGACGGUGCCCUUAUUAUGAAAGUUCCCGGCUCCAGUGAUAGCUCGGGAUGCGUCACAACACCCAAUAGCAAGCAUUGCCGGACCGAGCUCCGUGAAGCAAAUCUGGGAUCUUGGGAUUCAACUGCGUCAACCAACCGCCUCAAAGUCUUACUGUCUGUCACGCAGGCUGACGACUCUAAGUACGGCACCGUCAUCGGGCAAGUCAAGGUCGACGAUUCGGUCUCGAAGAAGCCGGUCGCGGAGCUCUUCAUCAACAAGAGCGGAGUUCUUACUAUCGGAGUAUCGCAAAUCCCGAACAAGAGCAGCUUGGAGAUGACGGAAGUCGGAAAGGUCAAGAUUGGGCAGAAGUUCUCGUACGAGCUGAGAUAUGAGAAAGGGAAGUUCAGUGUCGUGAUCAACGGGGCUGAGCCGAAGACGUUGAGCACCGGACAGCUCAAGAGCCCGCCGAGCUACUUCAAGGUUGGGAAUUACAACCAGGGUGACAGCCCGAGUGAGGUGGUCUUUUACACCAUCGGUGUGCAGCAUUCCUAGCUUUAUUGCCUGAAACAUUUUGCUCCUUACAUAUAUCCUUCAGUUCAUAUUAUUCUUAGCUUACUCCUUCAUACGCGGUAUUUCCGUCACUGUAAUCCCCCUUCUUUUUAUUCUCCACCUGGGCAAGCGAGCCUUCCCAUUUGAUCGAUAUCUCGACUUUCCUCAUCCCAAUUCCUUGACUCUAUGAUGCUACCAAUUGGUUGGGCCCUGUUUUGAACGGCUGCCAUUACGAGAGAAAACCAUGGUUGGUUCCUGGGCAUGGGUAACACAAGGCUGAUCGGCACGCCACGGAGCGCCGCCAAUGCACACAGCCUCACUUCACAUAUACUUCUUCAUUCCCUCAUUGCAAGGCCGUAAUUCUA